AUGAGUGUGGAGAGGCGAAUUUUACCUAUUCGUUCUAGGAGGCGAGGCCAGAGAGCCGCCUCCAGGUCCAUAUUCAGUCUGCCGCUCCUUUUAUCCACGCCCAGCGCAGCAAACGAAGAAGAAGAUAUUCGACUGUCGGGGGACCAUGCCGGGAAUUGGACUGAAUACAUCAACCGCAAGAUCCGGAGCUCAGACAAGUCGAAGUCCUUCCCGAAACCAGAAGAGAAACAGUUUGUGAGCGUAGGAAUCCAGCAUGAUGGACCCCAGCUUCCCCCUUCGCGACGAUCGGCUCGAGUGGGGUAUGGUAAGACAGACAGCCCACUGUCACAUGUGGCAGAUCUGUUUGAAGGACAUGGUUUCUACUCGUUUGAUUUUCAUUCUCAAGAAUCAGGUAUUGGACAAGUGACGACCCCGCUGAAACCUACAUACACACAUGCUGAAACACAGACUCCUAUUGAUAACCUGCCACAAACCCAGGUUCCCCAGUGGACGUAUUCGAAAAGACGGGUGAGGUUCGUGAACCGAAGUCGGAGAAAGUACAUGAAGGAAAAACGAAAGGUGAACAGGGUGCACAAGAACACGGAAAACGAAGAAAAAGAAAAAGAAAAAGAAAAGGAGACGUGGAUCUGUCCCUUCUGUGACUACGAGGAUAUCUUCAAGGAGCCCCCAUAUGCAUUGAUCUCGCGGUAUGAGAUGAAGGAGAAGGAGGACUGGCGACGAUCCACUUUGCAGAAGUCGAACCGUGGGAACAGCGCUGAAACCCACCUGUUCCAGAGAUCAUACCGGGUCUUUCCAGACAGUUACUAUGAGUGGGAGAGCCGACCUCCCGACGGAGAAGGACAUCAUGCAGCAGAUCAUUCACAAGAUGGUGCCUCUGGGUAUAGUCACGACUGCUACGACUACGGUGGUUAG